AUGGCCUCGAACGGAGUCGGGGGCCCUUUCAAGGAGCCGAGCAAAGAGGUCGACGCGACGCAGGUGCAGGCCUCAACGGACACCUCGGCCUCGUCGCUUCGGGAGCAGGUCGCCCAGCAGUACGGCUCUACGGACGAUCAUGUCUUCUCGGACCCCAGCGUCGCCGACCACUGGCGCAAGGUGUACGAGAAGGCCCAGUACGAGAACCGCCAUCGCUUCGACCCAAGUUAUGAAUGGUCGGCCGAGGACGAGAAGAAGCUGGUCAGAAAGGUCAUGUUCUGCGCUCUCGACCUUCACCGACGAAAUAUCAACCGGGCGAUUUCCGACAACAUGAUUUUCCUGCUGUCGUUCCUCGCAGCGGAGUUGCCCAGCGGCCUAAUCAGCAAAAAAUUAGGGGCUGAUAGAUGGAUUCCUUCGAUUAUGGUAGGCUGGUCCAUCACGGCCGGCUGUCAGGCGUUUCUGUCGAGUCGCGCUGGGUUCUACGCCGUCAAGGCUAUGCUUGGUCUCUUGAUGGGUGGCUUCAUUCCUGACAUCGUCCUUUGGCUCACGUACUUUUACAAGUCCAACGAGCUGCCGCUGAGACUCGCAUGGUUCUGGACAGCGCUGAGCACCGUCAACAUUGUGGGAUCCCUGGUGGCUGCCGGUGUGCUCCAGAUGCGAGGCGUGGCGGGAUGGGCUGGAUGGAGAUGGCUCUUCCUCCUCGAGGGAAUCGCGACCCUCAUCAUCGGCAUCUUUUCGUGGGGCCUCAUGCCUCCCGGCCCCACGCAGACCAAGAACUGGUUCCGGGGCAAGGAGGGGUGGUUUACUGAGCACGAGGAGCUCAUCAUGGUGAACCGUCUGCUGCGGGACGACCCGAGCAAGGGUGACAUGCAUAACCGCAGAGAAGCCGUCGGGCCGUCCCUCCUCUUCAAGGCGGUCAAGGACUGGGAGCAGUGGCCCCUGUACCUGAUCGGCCUUACCACGUACAUCCCACCCUCGCCGCCGAACACGUACCUGUCCUACAUCCUGCGGCGUCUGGGCUUCUCGACGUUCCAGGCGAACCUGCUCGCGAUCCCCUCGCAGUUCCUCUUCGCCGUCAACCUCUUGAUCAUCUCGUGGGUGUCCGGACGCGUCAAGGAGCGGGCCAUCGUGUCGUCCAUCUCGAACUGGUGGAUCUUCCCGUGGCUCGUGGCGCUCGUGGCGCUGCCGUCGUCGGCCAGCACCUGGAUCAGGUACGCAAUGCUGACGGGCCUCCUGAGCUACCCGUACUGCCACGCGAUCCUCGUGGGGUGGAACGCCAAGAACAGCAACGCGGUGCGCACGCGGGCCGUCAGCGCCGCGCUGUACAACAUGUUCGUGCAGGCGGGCAACAUCGCGGCGUCCAACAUCUACCGCGACGACGACCAGCCGCUGUACCGCCGCGGGAACAAGAUCCUGCUGGGCAUUUGCUGCUUCAACAUUGUGCUUUUCUACUUCGUCAAGGCCUUUUACAUCUGGCGCAACAAGGUGCGCGACAGGCGCUGGAACGCCAUGACCAAGGAGCAGCAGGAGGACUACGUCCUCAACACCACCGACGAGGGACAACAGAGGCUGGACUUCCGGUUCGCUCACUAA